AUGAUAAAACACGGAAGGGCAGUCUUCCCGCAAGGAUGCAGGGAGACAUCGAAGAAGAAAACGGUGUUAGGUACCAAUGAGCCCUUUACAACGCUGCACAAAAAAGAGAUAAUAGGAAGAAUCAAGAGCACCCAUGCGGGGAUUGGGAACAGAGGACGGCUGAAGGGCGAGGCCAGGACUCCAAAGUUGAGCGACUCCCACCACAGGAACAGAUCUCGACUGCUCGAGUGCAACGAAGCCCAUGAAAGAAGCCAGAUGCACCUCCUCCUGCUACAAUUUAAGCCCCGCCAGAGGCACCUCCUGCUCCACCACGUGGGCCAUAGGGGCUUCCACUGUGAUCUUCAGGUUCAAGCUGUGUCUCUGCCCUCACCCCGGUGGAACAUGGUUACAAAAUCCAUUUCCUCUAGACAUCUUCGUUUUCUGCUAUUCAGAAAGAAAUUCAAGACAGAGCUGGCCACCUCAAGGGUGACUGGACCCUCCCAGCCCAUUCUUGUCCGAGUCAGAGAGAACAUAGAAUUAACUUGUCACCUGUCACCUCAAGCAGAUGCUCAGAGCAUGGAGGUGACGUGGGUCUCAUCCCACUAUCACCCCACAGUCCAUGUGUCUGUGGACGGGGCCCACUCAGCUGAAGAGCAGAUGGCGGAAUACAGAGGAAGGAUGAUGCCUGAUGCUAUCCGAGGGAAGCUGACCCUGCAGAUACAUGAUGCCAGAACUUCAGAUGAUGGGCAGUACCGGUGCCUUUUUGGGAAAGAUGGUGCCUACCAGGAGGCCCGCAUGGAUGUCCAGGUGAUGGCGGUGGGCUCCACCCCACACAUCACCCAGGAGGUCCUGAAGGAUGGAAGCAUGCAGCUGAGGUGUGCAUCCCAUGGGUGGUUCCCGAGGCCCCACGUGCUGUGGAGGGACGGAGGCGGAAGGGCUGUACCUUCACUUUCUGAAGCCUUCCAUCAAGAAAGCCAGGGGCUGUUCCAGGUGGAGACGCUCCUGCUGGUCACCAACAGGUCCGUGGUGAAUGUGACCUGCUCCCUCAGCCUCCCUGGAGGCGAGGAGAAAGCUGCUAGGCUUCCUCUCUCAGACUCCAAGAUAGCUUUGUUAUGGAUGGCCCUGCCUGUUCUGGUGCUGCCUCUUGCCAUGGCCAUUGACCUGAUCAAGGUGAAGCACCGCUCCAAAGACCCCAAACACCACAGCAAUCAGCAAAAUCUCAAGAAUGAUGAAAGCCACAGGAGGGUUUCCCUCUGA